AUGGUGCAUCCAAGAUUAGUGAAGAGGGCAAGACGCAAGAGAAGGCGCACUCAUAAAUUAUCCUACUCCACCUCUUCCACAAAACAGCUUCCAAGUACCAACCCCGCCGCUGCCAUUAAUUUGCUUCCAAGAGACUUGUUAGUAGAGGUGAUUGCAAAAGUGGCUUCAGGCUCCUUCAUUGACCUUCACACCAUCAAAACAUGUUGCAAAGAUUUUCUAGACGCUACAAAUGAUAGUUAUGUUUGGCAAAGAGUUUCUUUGGACAAGUUUCCUUUAAUCCACUGGUCUAAUGACAAAGCUUCAUGGUUCUUGAGUCGUUGUAGGGAUUUUGGGAACAUCGAAAGCUUGUUUAGAGAAGGUCUGCGAGAGUAUUUUAAUUAUCCACAUGAAAAGAUGAAUAGUCUUGAAAUCUUGAAGAUGGAGGCUCAAAAGGGUCACAAAGAAGCCAAAUUUGUUUACGGUAUGAUUUUACUAUGCUCCAAAAAUGAUGAGUUGAGAAAACAAGGACUCGAGAACAUGCGUUUUCUGAGAAAGUCCAAGUGUAAGCUGCAGGAAUAA